UGCUGCUGCAUAUAAUUCCCCUUCCCCACUCUAUCCGCUGCCUCUCUCUCUCUCUCCACAAAGGAGUAGGUACCAUGAGGAGACCGUGCUGUGAGAAACAAGACACCAACAAGGGAGCAUGGACGAAGCAGGAGGACCAGAAGCUCAUCGACUACAUCCGAGAGCACGGAGAAGGAUGUUGGCGCUCGCUCCCUCAGGCUGCCGGAUUGCUGCGGUGUGGGAAGAGUUGCAGGCUGAGAUGGAUCAACUACCUCAGGCCAGAUCUUAAGCGUGGCAACUUCGCGGAAGACGAAGAAGAUCUCAUCAUCAAGCUGCACGCACUCCUGGGCAACAGGUGGUCGUUGAUUGCCGGGAGGUUGCCGGGGCGCACGGACAACGAGAUAAAAAACUACUGGAAUUCCCACCUGAGGAAGAAGCUCAUCAGCAUGGGCAUCGACCCCAAGAACCACAAGAUCACACCGUGCUGGCAGCGGCCCCAGCGCUCUCACAGCACCACCUCAUCCCUCUCGAGGCCUACCAGUGCGGAGAGCAAGCCCCACAAAGAAAAUGAAGAUCGAUUCAGUGAAGCGACCAAGAAACAGCACAAGGAUCACGUCGACGAAGGCCGGCAGCAGCCAUCCGGUGCUGCAACCAGCGAGGCGGAGAGCACGUUGUUGCCGGACUUGAACCUAGAGCUGAGCAUCACCACCCCUCCUCCGCCACCUCCGCCGCCGUCUCUACGUCGCCAUCUUCCCUACCCUAAAGCACCAUCACCGCCACCACCAUCCUCACCACCAAGUUCUGAGAUCCCUUCUUCUUCCACCACAAUGUGCCAUCUUCGACCCGUGCCCGACCCCAAGCCACCUACAUUGCUUCUAUUCAAUUAAAUCAUCAGAUUCAGUACUUCGUACCUGUUCAGAACUCACCUAUUAUUGUAGAAGAAAGAAAGAAAGAAAAAUGUAAGUACAGUAGCGCUCGGUCUCUCUCUCUCUCUUGGUAGUUGAGUGAGUGUGAGAGAAUGGUUGGUCAUGCAAUGGGAGGAAGAAGAGAAAACUACCAUGGUUGUGACUGGUUGUUUUGAAUAUAUAUAUAUAUAUAUAUAUAUCCGUCAAAGAUGUGGUAGUGGAUAAGAUGUAAAUCUCAAAUGAAGUGAAUCUCAUUUAUUAUUUGUACCAA